AUGUCGAUGCCAGGCGCCUUCUCCCCGGAGCUGCCCCCUUCCAAAGCAGCCCCCGAAGUCGCCAAGUCCAACAACCCGCCACCCCUCCGUCUCGACCAGCCUAACGACGCAUAUUCCCUCCACACAAACGACCCCUACUUCGACAACCCGGCCGCCGCAUCUUCAAGCGCCGCCCUGGACCUGCCGCCCUCCUACACCGACGACCCUGCCGCCGAGCCCCCGAAUCCCUCUCUCCUGCUCGCAGACGAACACGCCGCCCCGAAUCUCUUCCGCAGAGAUCCCGCAACCGGCAACGAGAUCCACAUCUCCAAGCGCCUCGACACAGACCCCGCCUACCUCGAAUCCUUCAUCACCUCCCUCGCCCAGCUCCCUCCACGCCCGUACGUCCGCGUCCGCGGCACCCACUCCAGCACCGUCCACAAGUCGGAGAAUAAGACCGAGUCCAAGACCGUCGUCGACUUCGACGUCAGCCUCGACCUGACCCCCUUCCUCUACCGCGAUAUUUCCGCCCGCCAGUCCUGGCGCGACCUGCGCACCGCAGACAACUUCUCAAAGGUCCGCCGCGGCACUGUCUUCCCAACCCGCGCCCCGGGCUUCGGUGGCUCCUCCUCCGCCGGCGGCGUCGUCGAGGGCAGCAAGCCGCCCACCCUGCGCGAGUGGUGCCACCGCUACUGCGCCUCCCACGCCGGCCUCAAGACCUUCACCCUCUCCCGCACCGUCACCGGCUUCGACGAUGACGAGCGCCUCAAGGGCCGCCUCGAGGACCUUGUCCGCUCCACCCACUACCGCGGCCGCAUCGACGUGAGCUUCCCCGUCCGCGACGAGCGCGUCGACGUCUACAACACCUGCCGGGUCAACCGCUGGCGCUUCUCCAGCUGGGUGCGCUGGCUGUUCUACCUCACUUUCCUGUGGGUCUUUGCCUGGCCGUACCUCUUCUUCCGCACCAAGCGCUUCGAAGUCGUCGAGGCGGAGUGGCCCUUCUCUCGGCGGAAGCGGGACCCGCAGACCGGCCGCGUCGUUGGGAGGGAGUACAUCACCGUGUCUGAGGAUCAGUGGUACAACAUGUGGGCCAGGGCCAUCCACCGCGCCGUGAUGGAGCGCCGCCAGGGCGAGCUGGACCAGCGGGACCUCAGGGAUGCCGAAGGCCGCCAGGAUACCAGCUUCGAGGAUGUCCUCGCGGGCAUGGACGACGAGAGGACCAGGGGCAUCGUGAGGGCUGGCGUGAGCGCGAUGAACGUUGUGAACCGUCACUUUGGCUGGGGCGGCGAUUGCUAG